AUGAUGAUGGUGGUGGUGAUUGUGGUGGUCAUAGUGGUGGUGAUGGUGUUCAUGGUGGUGAUGUUGAUGGUAGUGGUGGUAGUGAUGGUGGUGGCGAUGAUGGUGGUGCUGGGGUGUCCCCAGCAGCUGUCCCUGCAGAAGCCGAGCCCAGGCUUUGCCUCGGUGGCCCUCAGUGGCUCCGAAUCACGGAGGACCGACCCACCAGCGGGAUGCGCCGCCGGGAGAAGGAAGGAAGAAGGAGAAAGCCCUGAGCGAGGUGGGGACCACGAAGUUUUGGGGAGCCCCCGGCGGGGGGCAUCUCCCGAGAGCGAGACGGGGCCGGAAGGGGAUAAACUCAUCCCUCGUGGAGGAACCCAAAAGGUCCCCAAAGAAUCGGGGUCCCGCCGCCGCUCCGCCAACGGGGAGAAGAAGUACACGUGCGACGAGUGCGGGAGAAGCUUCGGCCAAAGCUCCAACCUCCUCGUCCACCGCCGCAUCCACACGGGGGAGAAACCGUACGAGUGCCGCGAGUGCGGGAAGAGCUUCCGGCAGAGCUCCAACCUGAUGGUCCACCAGAAGACGCACGCGGGAGAAAAGCUCUACCAGUGCCCCAAGUGCCAGAAGUGCUUCCCAGACAGGUCCCUGCUGGUGAGGCACAAGAGGAUCCACCUGGGAGAAAAACCUUUCCGGUGCCAACAGUGCGGGAAAAGCUUCCUUCACCGGUCGAGACUUCUCCUCCAUGAGAAGGUCCACCUAGAAGAACAGCUCUGCCAGUGUCCCCAGUGCGGGAAGUGCUUCGGGGACAAAUCCAAGUGGCUCCAGCACCGGCGGCGGCACACGGGAGAGCGUCGCUACAAGUGCUACGAGUGCGGGGAGGAGUUUGGGAAGAGCUCGGACCUCAACCUCCACCAGAGGAUCCACGUGGAGGAGAAGCUCUACCAGUGCUCCACCUGCGAGAAGUGCUUCAAGGACCGCUCCACCCUCAUCAGGCACGAGACGGUGCACACCGGGGAGAAGCCCUACAAGUGCCACGAGUGCGGGAAGAGGUUCACCCGCAGCUCGGACAUCAUCGUCCACCAGCGGACGCACACGGGGGAGAAACCCUUCCAGUGUCCCGAGUGCGGGAAGAGCUUCAGCCACCGGUCAAACCUUUUCCGACACCAGAGGAUGCACACGGGGGAGAAGCCCUACAAGUGCGAAGAGUGCGGGAAACACUUUGGGCAGAGCUCGGAGCUCAUCGUCCACCAGCGGACCCACACCGGGGAGAAGCCCUACCACUGCUCCGAGUGCGAGAAGUUCUUCAGGGGGCGGUCGACCCUCUUCAGGCACGAGAGGCUGCACACGGGGGUCAAACCCUACGCCUGCGGCGAGUGCGGGGAGAGCUUCGGCCAGAGCGGGGACCUCAUCGCGCAUCAACGUUUCCACACGGGGGAGAAGCCCUACCAGUGCUCCCAGUGCAGAAAGUUCUUCAGCAACAGGUCCAGCCUGGUGCGACACCAGCGGUUGCACGCCGGGGAGAAACCCUACAAGUGUCAGGAGUGCGGGAAGAGCUUUGGGCAGAGCUCGGACCUCAUCGCCCACCAGCGGACCCACACCGGGGAGAAGCCCUACCAGUGCUCCCAGUGCAGAAAGUUCUUCAGCAACAGGUCCAGCCUGGUGCGACACCAGCGGUUGCACGCCGGGGAGAAGCCCUACCAGUGCUCCCAGUGCAGAAAGUUCUUCAGCAACAGGUCCAGCCUGGUGCGACACCAGCGGUUGCACGCCGGGGAGAAGCCCUACCAGUGCUCCCAGUGCAGAAAGUUCUUCAGCAACAGGUCCAGCCUGGUGCGACACCAGCGGUUGCACGCCGGGGAGAAGCCCUACCAGUGCUCCCAGUGCAGAAAGUUCUUCAGCAACAGGUCCAGCCUGGUGCGACACCAGCGGUUGCACGCCGGGGAGAAGCCCUACCAGUGCUCCCAGUGCAGAAAGUUCUUCAGCAACAGGUCCAGCCUGGUGCGACACCAGCGGUUGCACGCCGGGGAGAAGCCCUACCAGUGCUCCCAGUGCAGAAAGUUCUUCAGCAACAGGUCCAGCCUGGUGCGACACCAGCGGUUGCACGCCGGGGAGAAGCCCUACCAGUGCUCCCAGUGCAGAAAGUUCUUCAGCAACAGGUCCAGCCUGGUGCGACACCAGCGGUUGCACGCCGGGGAGAAGCCCUACCAGUGCUCCCAGUGCAGAAAGUUCUUCAGCAACAGGUCCAGCCUGGUGCGACACCAGCGGUUGCACGCCGGGGAGAAGCCCUACCAGUGCUCCCAGUGCAGAAAGUUCUUCAGCAACAGGUCCAGCCUGGUGCGACACCAGCGGUUGCACGCCGGGGAGAAGCCCUACCAGUGCUCCCAGUGCAGAAAGUUCUUCAGCAACAGGUCCAGCCUGGUGCGACACCAGCGGUUGCACGCCGGGGAGAAGCCCUACCAGUGCUCCCAGUGCAGAAAGUUCUUCAGCAACAGGUCCAGCCUGGUGCGACACCAGCGGUUGCACGCCGGGGAGAAGCCCUACCAGUGCUCCCAGUGCAGAAAGUUCUUCAGCAACAGGUCCAGCCUGGUGCGACACCAGCGGUUGCACGCCGGGGAGAAGCCCUACCAGUGCUCCCAGUGCAGAAAGUUCUUCAGCAACAGGUCCAGCCUGGUGCGACACCAGCGGUUGCACGCCGGGGAGAAGCCCUACCAGUGCUCCCAGUGCAGAAAGUUCUUCAGCAACAGGUCCAGCCUGGUGCGACACCAGCGGUUGCACGCCGGGGAGAAGCCCUACCAGUGCUCCCAGUGCAGAAAGUUCUUCAGCAACAGGUCCAGCCUGGUGCGACACCAGCGGUUGCACGCCGGGGAGAAGCCCUACCAGUGCUCCCAGUGCAGAAAGUUCUUCAGCAACAGGUCCAGCCUGGUGCGACACCAGCGGUUGCACGCCGGGGAGAAGCCCUACCAGUGCUCCCAGUGCAGAAAGUUCUUCAGCAACAGGUCCAGCCUGGUGCGACACCAGCGGUUGCACGCCGGGGAGAAGCCCUACCAGUGCUCCCAGUGCAGAAAGUUCUUCAGCAACAGGUCCAGCCUGGUGCGACACCAGCGGUUGCACGCCGGGGAGAAGCCCUACCAGUGCUCCCAGUGCAGAAAGUUCUUCAGCAACAGGUCCAGCCUGGUGCGACACCAGCGGUUGCACGCCGGGGAGAAGCCCUACCAGUGCUCCCAGUGCAGAAAGUUCUUCAGCAACAGGUCCAGCCUGGUGCGACACCAGCGGUUGCACGCCGGGGAGAAGCCCUACCAGUGCUCCCAGUGCAGAAAGUUCUUCAGCAACAGGUCCAGCCUGGUGCGACACCAGCGGUUGCACGCCGGGGAGAAGCCCUACCAGUGCUCCCAGUGCAGAAAGUUCUUCAGCAACAGGUCCAGCCUGGUGCGACACCAGCGGUUGCACGCCGGGGAGAAGCCCUACCAGUGCUCCCAGUGCAGAAAGUUCUUCAGCAACAGGUCCAGCCUGGUGCGACACCAGCGGUUGCACGCCGGGGAGAAGCCCUACCAGUGCUCCCAGUGCAGAAAGUUCUUCAGCAACAGGUCCAGCCUGGUGCGACACCAGCGGUUGCACGCCGGGGAGAAGCCCUACCAGUGCUCCCAGUGCAGAAAGUUCUUCAGCAACAGGUCCAGCCUGGUGCGACACCAGCGGUUGCACGCCGGGGAGAAGCCCUACAAGUGUCAGGAGUGCGGGCAGAGCUUUGGGCAGAGCUCGGAGCUCAUCGUCCACCAGCGGACCCACACCGGGGAGAAGCCCUACCACUGCUCCGAGUGCGAGAAGUUCUUCAGGGGGCGGUCGACCCUCUUCAGGCACGAGAGGCUGCACACGGGGGUCAAACCCUACGCCUGCGGCGAGUGCGGGAAGAGCUUCGGCCAGAGCGGGGACCUCAUCGCGCAUCAACGUUUCCCCACGGGGGAGAAGCCCUACCCCUGCCCGGUCUGCGGGAAGAGCUUCGGCCAGAGCGGGGACCUCAUCGCGCAUCAACGUUUCCCCACGGGGGAGAAGCCCUACCACUGCUCCGAGUGCGAGAAGUUCUUCAGCGGGCGGUCGACCCUCUUCAGGCACGAGAGGCUGCACACGGGGGUCAACCCCUACGCCUGCGGCGAGUGCGGGAAGAGCUUCGGCCAGAGCGGGGACCUCAUCGCGCAUCAACGUUUCCCCACGGGGGAGAAGCCCUACCCCUGCCCGGUCUGUGGGAAGAGCUUCAGCAGAAGAUCCAACCUCAUUGUCCAUCAGAAGGUGCACAAGGGGGGACUCCACCAGUGCCGGGAAUGUGGGAGAAGCUUCCAGCCCAACGCAUCUUUCGGCACGAGGACGGGGAAGGACGGUCUCCAGUGCCCUCAGUGCGUGGAGGGUUUCAAGGAAGGGUCGAACCCCAUCGAAAAUCAAAGAUGA